GAGGGAGGGAGAGAGAAAGAGGGACGGCUGGACUCCAUUAAGCCGAAGCUUGCAGGGAAACUGUUUGGGAUACUUCACUUCUUCAGCGAGUUCUUCGGGGAUUUCUUUCUGUUUUUAUUGUCUACAAAAGACUUUAUACAUGAUUUAAAGAGGGGGAACUUGUUCUGUACCGUGUAGUCGAUUGUUUUAGAGUUUUUUUCUCCUCGUCUUUGUGAAGGAUGGCGCUGGACGGGAUCCGGAUGCCCGAUGGCUGUUAUGCCGAUGGGACGUGGGAACUGAAGAUGCAUGUCACCGACCUCCACAGAGACGUAUCGCUGAGGGUCACCGGGGAAAUCCAUAUUGGUGGAGUCAUGCUCAAACUCGUGGAGAAAUUAGAUGUGAAGAAGGACUGGUCAGACCAUGCUUUGUGGUGGGAAAAGAAGAAGACAUGGCUGUUGAAAACCCACUGGACGUUGGACAAGUACGGCAUCCAAGCCGAUGCCAGGCUGCUCUUCACCCCGCAGCACAAGCUGCUGCGCCUCCAGCUGCCCAACAUGAAGCACAUGAAGGUCAAGGUCAACUUCUCGGACCGCGUCUUCAAGGCUGUGUCCGACAUCUGCAAAACUUUCAAUAUCCGCCACCCAGAGGAGCUGUCUCUACUGCGUAAGCCCCGUGAUCCCAAGAAGAAGAAGAAAAAGUUGGAGGAGGCAGAGGAGGACGAUCUGGAGCUGGAGGGUCCGCUGUUAACCCCUGGAUCAGCGUCUGAGAUAAUAUACAUCGGACCUGUCAAAGGGAGCAUCUACUCCAGUCCAGGCUUGUACAGUAAGACUAUGACCCCCACCUAUGACUCCAGAGAUGGCAGCCCACUGUCACCCACCACUGCCUGGUUUGGGGACAGCCCUCUAUCGGAGGGUAAUCCCAGCAUCCUCGCGGUCAGCCAGCCAAUCUCCUCACCAGACAUCCUGGUCAAACUUUACAAGCCCCAGUCCCUAUUGGACAAAGCCAAAAUCAACCAGGGAUGGUUGGAUUCAUCCAGGUCUCUGAUGGAGCAGGAUGUGAAGGAGAAUGAGGUGCUGCUGCUGAGGUUUAAAUACCACAGUUUCUUUGACCUCAACCCUAAGUAUGAUGCCAUCCGAGUGAACCAGCUCUAUGAACAGGCCAAGUGGGCCAUCCUGCUGGAGGAAAUUGAGUGCACGGAGGAGGAAAUGAUGAUGUUUGCUGCCCUGCAGUACCACAUCAACAAGCUGUCGAUCAUGUCUUCAGACAACCACAUGAAUAACAGUGAGAAGGAGGUGGAUGAGGUGGAUGCAGCCCUGUCAGACCUGGAGAUUACUUUGGAGGGAGGGAAAACGUCCAAUACACUGGGUGACAUCACAUCUAUCCCUGAGCUAGCGGACUACGUCAAAGUCUUCAAACCCAAGAAACUGACACUGAAGGGCUAUAAGCAGUAUUGGUGCACAUUCAAGGAUAUCACAAUUUCCUGUUACAAGAGUAAAGAGGAGGCACAUGGGACACCUGCUCACCAAAUGAAUCUUAGAGGUUGUGAGGUAACUCCAGAUGUUAACAUCUCGGGUCAGAAAUUCAACAUCAAGUUGCUAAUCCCUGUGGCAGAUGGCAUGAAUGAGAUCUGGCUUCGGUGUGAUAUGGAGAAACAGUAUGCCCACUGGAUGGCUGCAUGUCGCUUGGCCUCCAAAGGGAAGACCAUGGCCGACAGCUCUUACAACCUGGAGGUCCAGAACAUUCUGUCCUUCCUCAAGAUGCAGCACAUGAACCCUGACCCUCAGUUCAUUGAGCCAAUCACCACUGAUAUCAACCCAGAAUGCCUGGUGUCCCCACGCUAUCUGAAGAAGUAUAAGAACAAGCAGCCAGGCUAUAUCAGGGACUUGAUUUCAGCUCGGAUCCUUGAAGCCCACCAGAAUGUGGCCCAGAUGAGUCUCAUUGAGGCCAAGAUGCGCUUCAUACAGGCGUGGCAGUCCCUGCCUGAGUUUGGAAUCACUCAUUUCCUUGCCAAGUUCCAGGGUGGAAAGCGGGAAGAGCUGAUCGGCAUCACUUACAACCGUUUGAUCCGGAUGGAUGCUAGCACUGGAGAUGCUAUCAAGACCUGGCGCUUCAGCAACAUGAAACAGUGGAACGUCAACUGGGAGAUCAAGAUGGUUACGGUGGAAUUUGCGGACGAGCCCAGCCUGUCUUUCAUCUGUGCCGAGGUGGACUGUAAGGUAGUCCAUGAGUUCAUCGGUGGCUACAUCUUCCUCUCCACGCGUGCCAAGGACCAGAACGAGUCUCUUGAUGAGGAGAUGUUCUAUAAGCUGACCAGCGGCUGGGUCUGAGCUGCCCCAAACCACACAUGGUUAACGAUUGUAGGUCAGGGGCCAGGAGGGGAGUGGUCGGGGGGGAGGUGGAACCACAGUGUAUGGGGUUUAUUUUAUUCUACCAUUUCUCAGUCUUUUUAAUUGUUCGGAGCUGUGCUAAUAUUGCCAUGGCUGACACCGUUUUUAUUGUUAUAGUUUUUUUGCAUUAACGCUGACAAGGUCAUUUGUUACAACACUAAUAUUCGGGUGAAUGCAGUCCAGAUGAACUUUUAAAUCUGUGAGCAGCUCUGUUUUCCUACGACCACCUGCCUCCUCUCCUCCUGGACUGACUGCCAUCAACUUACGUCCAUGACAAACCUCUAAAACCAAUCAAACUCCAGAUUUCAUCCCAAAGAAUCUUUAUUUUUUUUUCUCUCUUUCUCCUUUCUUGAACUGGACUAAAGGAACUGACAUCAAAUAUAUCUAAUUAUUUAUCCUAAAUGACGGACUUUAUCAAAGAGUCCAAUCGAAAGGGUAUGUGUAAACAGCAGUUGCCAGUGAUCGCAGCACUACAUGUCCAUCCUAUCCACUCUAUGAAGGGUUUAAUAUCUUUGAAGUCACAUGUAAGCACUUCUACAGUAUACAGUCCUCGUAUUUGAAUAAGCUGUAGUUAAAUUUCCUUUUUGCUUUUUGAUGUCUGUUGUCUUUGUUUCAGAGCUUGUCCAGAGCAAAAGUCUCUGUGUCGAGUCUCUCUGUUGAAACCUCAUUGUGUUAGCUGACAGGUGUGACAUUGAGAGAGUUUUGUUUUGUAUUUUAUAGACUAAUAGUGAGCACGUCUGAAAACACACUACAGUUCAGUGCACUGGGAUGAGUGUCCUGUGGGUUUGAAAAUCCGAUGUAAACCUGAUGCAAAAAUGUUCAUCUUAAAAAGUAAUUUAUUCUUGUCUUGAACCAAGGUAGAUUACUAACGUCACAAGUUCACGUGUAUUUAAAAUAUCCCGUCUUCUUGUUUUCAAAUGUAUUUGAAGCUACAUGACUUUUUAAGAUAAUCGUUUCCCAGCUUUAAGAAAUCCCGUUCGAGACUUUAGAAGGAAAGGUGUUUUCAUUUUCUGAUCUGGAAGUGCACAUUAAAAAAAAUAUGUGCCAAAGUGCAUUGAUAUUUUGCCAAAUGUGUGUUUAUGGCUGCUGUUCUGACCACUGUUAUAAUUUGCUAAAUCUCAACAGCAUGUUUGAAAUUGCAUCCAAAGAUUUGAACCCCCUGACAUCUCUUAAGUGCAUGCACACUACAUAACAGGAGGGAUCCUCUCUCCCAUGUUCCACCUUUUACUUUAUUGCAAUUCUGUUUUUCACACCAUAUAGUAUUAUUAUUAUUAUUGUUGUUUUAUCAUUAGACACCAGCAACAAGGUCACAGAGUUUGAAGAAUGAAUAUGCAAGAUUUUUUUUCUUCUUUCCUCAGUAUGAAGGAUCAGUAAAUGAAGUAUUAUUUUUUGUAACUAAUGUAAAAACAAACAUUUUAUAGAAUUGUACAGUUUUUUUCUGCUUUCCCGGGGUUUGAAAGUUUUUUUUCCUUUCAUUAAAGAAGGGGGAAGCCAUCUGUCAACAUGUGUAGUAUUCAGAAUUGUGCCUGCUUACGUUGUGGUCUUACUGAGUUUUCAGAUGAAGAUAUAUAUGAAUAUAUAUGAAGAUAACACUAGUCUCAAACUCCAGGUUUGAUUAAAAUAUUUGUUGAGUACAUAUUUUUUUUUUUUUAAUACAGAUAUGUAUGCCUUUUCAAUGUGCUCUUUUUUCCCUUGCAUUUCUGCUUCCUUUGUUUUUUUUGUUUUUUUUUCCUUUCUCUUCUACCACUUGUGGAUUGCAAAAUGUCCAUUCAUGGCCUUGUGUCAUGUUUUAAGUUUAGACUGACGGUGAUACUUAAUGUGCAUUUUUGCUGCAAAUUUGAUUUGCUCAGCUCAUCUUUUUAAACUACUUCACUUAUUUGUCUGGUUUUGUCACAACUGAAGUGUGCCAUUUAAUAAUGUCCAUAUGAAGGAAACCCACAUUUUUGAGACCCUGGAGUUUGAGACAAAUCAGCAAAAGUGAACAGAGGUAAGAGUCUGUUUUUAUUUUCUCUGAUGUUGUUUUUGUUUGCCUCCAGUGUCAGGAGCAGCAGUGCAUGUCCUGCUGUUCUGUUUUCUGACUGUAAAAAAUGCAUUUAUUUUAAAAAAUAAAGUAAUUUUUAUUUAAAAA